CGUUUACAGAAGCUCCAAAUAGCUUCCGUUUGCCUCCGCCGGUGAUUGGACCGUCCUGCGCCGCCGUGCACUGAGCUAACGCGCUGGCUGUGGAGCACGAGCCCCGACAUUCUUCACUUCAAUGGAGGAACACCCCAAAGAUCGGGCACAAGACAGGCAGCAGCACCACAACGGAGAAGACAGGGGCUCCCUCCUGCGCACGGCUUGUCUGAAACAUGAUCGGAGCCAGUUCCAGUGCCAGCAUCAGGAAACGCAGGCGAAGAAAACAGGCAAUAAAAAUGUAAACAUCUGUGACGAAGAAGGGGAGAAGAAUCCACCACUGCCCUACACGUUUGGUGUGUCCCAUCCUUCCAGCAGUAAUGGAAAUAGACAUUUAGGUAAUCCAAAUGUGAAGCAGAAAGGGAUGCAGAAGCACUACACCUCUGUUCCAAAAGCGGGCAGCAAAUUGUCAGAACAUAAGAAAAAUAUGGACUUAAAAAAUGACAAGGAGAAGGGCUUGGAUUUGAGUCAAUAUGAGAUUGAGCCUUCAGAUGAGAAAGACUCUGCUUUGCUUCAGAACGGGCUGGUGAACUGUGGCCUCAUCACGAAUGGCUAUUCGAUUAAGGACAAUGACGGCAGUGGCUCUGAAGGCGGAUAUACCACCCCGAAGAAGCGAAAGAGCCGAUGCAGCAACGCCAAGAGUGCCGAUAACACAAUAAAAGAAAAAGAGAGAGACGUUCAGCCCCGCAGCACUACGCAGGAGGUGGAAGCUCUGAACGUCGAGGGGCCUGAGAAAGGAACGGCGUCCAGACUUGACGGCUUCAGAUCCAGUUUUAAAGUAGAAGCUCAGACAACAGCUAAGCGGGCUGUCAUGUCAGAGACUUUGGUUGUUGAAUCUCAGAGGAAAAACUCAGACGGUAAAGCAGCUGGCACCUUCGGUAAGAAAGCAGAGGAAAAGCACAAGGGUAAGCUUUCCUCGCCUUCAAAGGAGGACUCGUGGACUUUGUUUAAGCCCCCUCCUGUUUUUCCUGUGGACAAUAGCAGUGCUAAAAUUGUUCCCAAGAUCAGUUAUGCAAGCAAAGUAAAAGAGAACCUCAAUAAAGUAGCUCAAGGUGGAGGGGAGGCAGCACCUCCUCCUGUGAGACUGUCCCAGGUCCCUAUGUCUGCUAUGAAAACUAUCACCUCAGCUAGCUUUACUAACGGUCCUGUUUCUGGGAAUGGGAACGGCUGCCCGUCUAUGGGUACCUUCUUUGCUCCUGCUGCUAGUUGUAUUCAAUCAGCCCCAUCGAUCCCAGGUGGCGAGAAUGUAGCAUCCUCUUUGGAGAGUAACAGUAGCUCUACAACGAGUCCAGUAGACAGAGAAGCAAGCGAGCACAGAAAGUGUACUGUUUUAAUCUACCCUUUAAAUAUGCAACCUGUGCUCCCGAGCGCUCGUCACCUCGACCCACCGGCUGCUCAGACAAAUCAGAAAGCCCUGGGGGACAUCUUCCAGAAUCAGUGGGGGCUCUCCUUCAUCAACGAGCCCAACCUGGGGCUCGAAGGGGGAAGUGGAUUCGUGCCUGCCGAGGACCAGACUUCUGUGACUUCUCAAAGCCAGAGUCAGGCUGUCGCAGCCGAGGUUGCCCAGCCCCUCUUUGACAUUAGCCCAUCAUUUCUAGAAGCUGAAGCUUUUUCUCAAGAAGCAGAGAAAAGGACUUGUGCCCCCUGCCAAGUAUCCACUGUUUGUUCUCCUGUUUGUGCGGCGAGCGAGGAGGAUAAGCUGCAGCCAAGUGUCCAGGAAAAGACGAAAGUGGAGUUGAAGGGCGUGGGUCCUUCUGUGCUGGCCCCCAGUAAAGACACCGGUGCUAAGCCUGCAGCGGGCCAACAGACCACUGUGUCCUUUGGCUCGUCUAAGGAACUGAUCCACCCUAAAGACUUUGGCAGGAGGUCCAGCUGGGGUUCCUUCGACCUGAAAGCUGCUGUCACCUAUCACACUAAAGAAAUGGAAUUUAUUUUCAAUUUGCAAAAACAAGAUCCAAAAAGAGUAGUAUUUUAUGAUCAGACCAAGGAUGGACCUGAUAAGUGAGGUAGAUCAUCUCCAGUGCUUACUGUCUUCUCCUCUGGGUGCUGCAGUUAUCUACCUAGGAAAAAACAACAACAUAAAAAACCAACAAAUCCCAUCGGAUAAAGUGACAACUGUGAAAACACUGAUAGCUAAGCAUGAUUUUCCUUGGAAACUCGGGUUUAUUCAAACGUUUUGUUCUGUUUUUUAAUUUUUUUUUUUUUUUUUGGGAGUGCACCAGAAUAACACACACAGACACGCUCGGGAUGGAUGUUAGGAGUCGAUCGGUGCCUCUCCAACACAAUGAAUGGACCUUAACGACUUCUUGCUGUGGUAGUCCUCGUCUCAUGGCUUUUAAGGGAUAACGCUGGCGAGCUCAACCAAGGAAGGUGUCUCGGACUGCACCUCCUCAAGCCUUUAUCCUGUCGAACUGUGGCAGCCGUCGCUCCGGCUAUGGGACGUCUCCGUCAUUUUCUUUAUCCACUCAUUCGAAUGAGUUUACUGUAGAUACGACGGACGUUAAACACACAGAAUCUGUGGCAAAAGGAGACGACCCUUAAAGAGAUGCCUUUAAGAUAGUAGAGGUGUUUGCAAUCCCGUUACGGUGGCAGUGAAAGCUUGAGAGGGAGAAACUUGUCUUAAAUCCUCUAGAGAAAACUACUCAGAGCCCUGAAAUUGUAUAUGUAUUGCAGUUGCUUUAUGCCGUUUCAGCUGACCUAACAUAAGUAUUAUUUGCAUUGCUGUAAGACCCCCGAGGUACUCAAGUGCCGAAUUUGAAGGAAAGCCACGCCCCUUUAACGUCAUUUGUUCAGUAGGUGUGCUAAAGAUUUUAAUAUCGGGUCUCUGGUAAUUUUGUUCUGUUGAAGCUCUACAUUUCACUCAGACGGUCAUAAGAUUAUCAUUUAAAUGAAAAUAAGAAGCAUUGCAUCUGGUUGGAUGUUCUGUUUGUGCUCUUUGUUCAGCUGCAACACUCAGGAUAUCUUUACAAACUGUUUCUGUUCAUUUGUUAAAGGAACAUACUUCAUUUUACAGUUGUUUUUUUAUUUUUAUUUUUUGUUCACCGCCAUGUUUACUGGUGUAAAUGAAUCUCUUUUCAUCGCCACAUAAAACACAACAGUAACUCGUUUUAUCGCCACCUUUCCUAAACGACCAGCUGUGUCAAAACUGUGUUCUAAUGUUUUAAAAGGAGGUCUGUGGAUAGACGUUUGACUGCUUCGUUAGCCAGUGUGCAAUAACACGGUGGAGAAUGGGUUAUGUUGAGCUGUGAGCUCAUCUGAGACGCUUGUGUAGCCUGCAGUUCAGUUUUUCAAAAAAAAAAA